UUAUAUUUAUUUCUGCAGACAGCAGCCUCUUCCUUUUCAACCAGGAGCAGGCUUUGGUGCAGUCCCUGUGGGAUGUGUGCAACCUGGAUCCGGUUUAGUUAAUGGUACAGGUACUGAGUUUCUUCCGAGGCGUAUUGAUAGACAAAUUAGAAGAGGAAACUAAAGAUUCUCAUAACAAGAAUCAUCUCAGAAUCCUACUUCAAAUCUACACCAUUUACUCCCACCACACAAUUUAAACCAACCUAGCUAGCUAGUAGAGUGUAGGACAUGGCUGUUGAGCAAUCUGAGGUUGAGGCUACGGUGGAGAUGAAGGCGGGUGAGGAGGAGGAGGAGGAGGAGCAGUGCCCUGUCAAACAAGUGGAGCUAACUGUGCCAAAAACAGAUGAUCCCAACAUGCCAGUUUUGACAUUUAGAAUGUGGGUUCUGGGUCUUGCUUCUUGUGUGAUAUUGGCAAUUGUGAAUCAGUUCUUCUGGUAUAGGACACAACCAAUGGUCAUCACCUCCAUUUCUGCACAGAUUGCUGUGGUGCCUUUGGGGCAUUUGAUGGCAAAAACACUGCCUAAGCGAAUGAUGUUUCAAGGGACUAAAUGGGAAUUCUCGUUGAAUCCAGGACCUUUCAACGUGAAAGAACAUGUUCUUAUCACUAUAUUUGCUAAUGCUGGAGCUGGAACUGUUUAUGCUACUCAUGUUCUCAGUGCUGUCAAGCUGUUUUAUAAAAGACAGCUCACUUUUUUUCCUGCCUUGCUUCUUAUGGUUACCACUCAGGUUCUGGGGUUUGGGUGGGCUGGAAUUUUCAGGAAAUAUCUAGUGGAGCCUGGAGAAAUGUGGUGGCCAAGCAAUCUGGUUCAAGUCUCAUUGUUCAGGGCUCUACAUGAGAAAGAGAAAAGACCAGCAGGAGGAUUGACUCGUAACCAGUUCUUCCUUAUAGCACUUACCUGCAGCUUUGCUUACUAUGUAUUUCCAGGAUAUCUUUUCACCAUGUUAACAUCUGUCUCUUGGGUCUGUUGGUUUGCUCCCAAAUCUGUUCUGGUUCAGCAACUGGGUUCAGGCAUGCAAGGUCUUGGAAUUGGUGCUUUAGGUUUUGAUUGGUCUACAGUGGCUUCAUACCUUGGUAGCCCACUUGCUAGUCCAUGGUUUGCCACUGCUAAUGUUGCUCUUGGAUUCUGUGCUAUAAUGUAUGUGGUGGUACCCAUCUGUUACUGGCUCAACAUCUACCAUGCCAAGACCUUCCCGUUAUAUUCUAAUGAUCUUUUUCAAGGAAAUGGUGAAGAAUAUGACAUUCGAAGCAUUGUAAAUUCCAAGUUUCAUCUUGAUAAGAAUACUUAUGCAAGUAUUGGGCCUGUACAUCUCAGUACGUUUUUUGCUUUGACCUAUGGAUUUGGAUUUGCAACGCUUCCAGCCACAAUUAUGCAUGUCCUCCUUUUCAAUGGAAGUGAAGUGUGGAAACAAAGCAAAAGAGCAUUUGGGGGAAAAAGCAAAAUGGAUAUACAUACAAGGCUUAUGCAGAAAUACAAAUCGGUUCCCUCAUGGUGGUUUCUUAUCAUUCUCAUCGUAAACAUUGCUGUUGUAAUCAUCACUUGUGAAUAUUACAAUGAGACGCUCCAAUUGCGUUGGUGGGGUGUUCUGCUAGCUUGUGCCAUUGCUCUUUUCUUCACUCUCCCAAUUGGGAUUAUUUAUGCCACCACAAACCAGGCACCAGGCUUGAACAUCAUUACAGAAUACAUCAUAGGUUACAUUUACCCUGAGCGCCCCGUUGCUAAUAUGUGCUUCAAGGUGUACGGAUAUAUUAGCAUGAUUCAAGCUCUAACCUUCAUACAGGACUUUAAGCUUGGCCACUACAUGAAGAUUCCACCUAGGUCCAUGUUCAUGGCACAGGUUGUAGGAUCACUUGUAUCUGUGUUUGUAUACCUACUAACUGCAUGGGGGAUGAUGGCCAUCCCCAAUCUCUGUGAUAGAUCCAAGUUGCCUAAGGAUAGUCCAUGGAAAUGCCCAAUGGAUACAGUGUUCUUUGAUGCCUCUGUUAUAUGGGGGCUUGUUGGUCCCCGCAGAAUCUUUGGAAACCUUGGUGAAUACGGGAUGAUCAAUUGGUCCUUUGUUGGUGGAGCCAUAGCCCCUGUCUUCGUCUGGCUUGCCCACAAGGCUUUCCCAAGCAAGAAAUGGAUUCGUCUUAUCCACAUGCCUGUGCUGCUUGGUUCCACAUCAAUGAUGCCGCCAGCUACUGCUGUGAACUUCACUAGUUGGGUAACUCUUGGAUUCCUCUCUGGCUUCGUCUUUUACCGAUACCGUCCAAAUCUGUGGAAGCGCUAUAAUUACGUUCUUUCUGGUGGCCUUGAUGCCGGAACGGCCUUUAUGACAAUAUUGAUAUUCUUCAGUUUGAGUUACCAGAAAAUCAAUCUCGAAUGGUGGGGAAGCAGCUCAAAUAACCCAGAAGGGUGUCCUAUAGCUAGUUGUCCGACAGCCAAAGGUGUCCUUGUAGAUGGCUGCCCAGUUUUCUAAUCGAAGCAUCUUUAUCUCCAAAUCUAUUUUUAGCUUGUUCAGAGCAAUUAACUUUCUUUUCAAUCUGUAAAUAUUUUGCUGUGGAUGCUUUGGAUAAUAUCAGUGUUUCUUCUAGUGUGUAAAUCUAGUGAUUUAUUCUAAAUUUUAUUUAUAUGAGUGCGUUGGUUUUUUUUU